AUGUCCUGCUACACCCCGUGCCUGCCCUGCCAGCCCUGCGGCCCGACCCCGCUGGCCAACAGCUGCAAUGAACCCUGUGUCAGGCAGUGCCAGGACUCCACCGUGGCCAUCCAGCCCUCCCCCGUGGUGGUGACCCUGCCCGGGCCCAUCCUCAGCUCCUUCCCACAGAACACCGCCGUGGGAUCCUCCACCUCCGCUGCCGUUGGCAGCAUCCUCAGCUCUCAGGGAGUGCCCAUCAACUCCGGGGGCUUUGGCCUCUCUGGCCUGGGCAGUGGCCUCUGUGGCAGGAGCUGCUUCCCCUGCUAA